AUGGCUGGGGACGGUUCCCAAGUGGGUGCAACCAGGAGCGAGUUGCGGAAGAACAAGGUCAGCAUAAUAUCCAUUCCCCUUAGAUCCCUGAAAGAUAUCGGUGAGAAGAAGAGGGAGUUUACGAGCGGGUAUCUGGGCUGCGGGACUAUGGCCCGGGUGUCUCGGGCCACACCGGCGGGUAUUGCUAGGCAAUUCAGGAAGGAAAUGUCCCUGGAGGAGGGUGUUGAUGUGGUGCUGGAAUUCACCCAAUGGGCCACGCAAUUUGAUCUCUUGCCCUAA